UGCCGGUGCCGCUGACUCCCAGGCGCGGCAGACGGGGCUGGCGCGGCUCGGGAACUGGCUGGAGAAGGGGGACGCGCGUUCCCUGCUUGGGGAGCCGCUGAACUUUGGCCAGCCAAGGAAAGGGCCGUUCACAAGGGAAGGGGGCUCCCCCCCCCCCAGUUAGACAAGCGCGCCUGGAUUCAGCGGCAGUCCCCUCCGCUCCCCCGGGGAAGCCGCCUGCACCCCAGGGAGGCGGCGGGGCGGCUCCUUUCCUCGAAGCCACCGUGGGGCUUGUUGAGUGCUCCCCAAAGGUGGCUGCUGGAGAGGAGGAGGAGGAGCUGAACGAAUGCCAGGGGCCGAGGCGGCAGCAGCAGCUCCAGCCCCUUCACUGCACCAACCUGCGGGCUGGCUGGAGAGGGAGCCCAGCCCCUCCCUCUUCAGCCGCCGCCGACCCCGCGCGUCUGCCUCCGGCUCAGGGUCCCAGCCAGAGCCGCAAGCAGCCGCCUUGCGCUGCGCCCGCUCCGGACUGCAGCCGCCGGCCGGCGGGGGCAACGAGCAGCAGCGGCAUCUUGGAGCAUCUGCUGUCCGGAGUCCCCCUGCUCCCCUCCCACCUCACACCUGCAGCUCGUCUUCCCCCUCCCUCCUGAAUUAUUUCUCCGCCUCCCUCUUUCCCUCCCCUCCCCCACCCACCCAACCUGGUGCCUCCUAGUUCCUUGAUUUCCUCUGGUUUUCCUUGGACUCUGCCUUGUCAUGUCAAGAUGGAAGUCAGGCAUGACUGGCUCGCCUCUUCCCCCCACGAGGGCUUCGAGCAGCUGAGGCUGAAGAGCCGCCCCAAAGAGCCGUCCCCGAGCCUACCCAGAGUAGGAGCCAACUUCUACAGCACUGUCAAGCAGCAGGACUUCAGUGCCAGCGUCUGGCUGAGGAGGAAAGACCAACUGGAGCAUUCCCAGCAAAAAUGCAUUGUGAUCUUUGCACUGGUGUGCUGCUUUGCGAUUCUGGUUGCACUGAUAUUUUCAGCAGUGGAUAUAAUGGGAGAAGAUGAGGAUGGACUCUCAGAAAAGAAUUGUCAAAAUAACUGUCGGGUUGCUCUUGUGGAAAACAUUCCUGAAGGUAUAAACUAUUCAGACAGUGCACCAUCCCACUUGUCUCUUUUCCAAGGCUGGAUGAAUUUGCUUAAUAUGGCUGAAAAGUCUGUUGACAUAGUAUCUUCCCAAUGGGACCUCCAUCACAGUCAUCCAUCUGCCUGCCAGGGCCAGCGUCUUUUUGAAAAAUUGCUAGAACUGGCGUCUCGAAAUAUUGAGAUAAAACUAGUGAGUGAUAUACUGCCCUCCGAAUCAAAGGUAUUAAACGACUUGAAAGCAAAGGGUGCAGAAGUGUUGUAUAUGAAUAUGACUGCUUAUAAUGAAGGUCGCCUUCAAUCAUCAUUCUGGAUUGUUGAUAAACAGCAUGUAUACAUUGGAAGUGCCAGCUUAGACUGGAGGUCAUUGGGACAGAUGAAAGAACUUGGUGUCAUUGUGUACAACUGCAGCUGCCUCGUCCUAGAUUUACAAAGGAUAUUUGCCUUGUAUAGCUCAUUAAAAUACAAGAAUAAAGUGCCUCCAAGUUGGUCUAAGAGAUUGUAUGGGGUAUAUGAUACCCAAAAUAAACUGAUGCUGCAGCUGAAUGAGACAAAAUCAGAAGUCUUUGUGUCGAAUUCUCCCAAACUCUUUUGUCCAAAAGACAGAGUCUUGGAUAUUGAAGCUAUCUACAAUGUUAUAGAUGAUGCCAAACAGUUUGUUUAUAUAGCUGUCAUGGAUUACCUCCCUAUUGUCUUUGACACAAAUGCUAAAAGGUACUGGCCGUAUUUGGAUGGGAAGAUAAGAGAAGCAUUAGUAUUACGAAGCAUUAAAGUCCGGCUCCUCAUAAGUUUCUCAAAAGACACAGAUCCCCUUACAUUUAACUUUGUUUCAUCUCUUAAAGCUAUUUGUAUUGAGGUUCCCAGCUGUAGUUUAAAAGUUAAAUUUUUUGAUCUUGAAGAGGAGAAUGCUUGCUUUCUCAAAGAACAGAAGAAUACGUCCCUUCCCAAAUUAAAUCGGAAUAAAUAUAUGGUGACUGAUGGAGCUGCUUAUAUUGGUAAUUUUGACUGGGUAGGAAAUGAUUUUACUCAAAAUGCUGGAGCUGGCCUCGUUAUCAACCAAGCAGACGUGGGAAACAACACAAGCAUCAUUAAGCAACUUAAAGCUGUGUUUGAAAGGGACUGGUAUUCACACUAUGCCAAAAGUUUGCAACCAACAAAAAUCCCAAACUGCUUAAACCACAAACUUAACAAAGCAGUGGCAAAUAAGACUGCCAUGAAUUAAAAAGACUAUUUUACUGUAUGAUGAAUGAAGAAAUACAUCGGGGCUGCUGUAACCCUAUUUCAUAUUUACAGAUAAGAGACUACAAAAAGGCAAAAAAAUGUUUUUGUUUGGGUUUUUUUUGUUUUUUUUUUGUUUUUUUUUAGGAAAAAAGCACACUUGUAUAAAAUGUUCUCUAAACUAUAUUCUCUAUAUUGAAUUAUUUAUGACUUUUAAAUUUGUUACUUCUUACAUUGAAUGUCAUUUAUGCUUCGACAUUGAUUUUUCACAUUUGAAUUUAAGCGUACUUUGAUUCCUCUCCUUCAGUUUUCAUACCUCCCAUCCUGGUUAGGCAGAACCUUGAGGCAGAACUGAAAGCUGAGCUAUGAAAUGUCAUUCUAAGAUCAGCUGCUAUUGAUAUAUAAUGGAGGACAGACUUCCCCCCAUAGCAAAAGAUACUAGUUUGAGCAAGUAUUCUCCCAUGUAAAUCGUUCCGUCCAAGUAUAUGGCCAUCCAAGGAGAUUUUGAUAGUUUUGAACAGAUAGUUUGAUAUCAGUAUCGAAUUACAUUUUCACACUAUCCUCAAAAUGUAUUAAAGCUAGCUGUCAACUUCCUUGUCGUCUCCUAAUAAAACCAUACGUUUUCUUUUGUCCAGACAACUUUCACGAUAACCUCUUCCCCCAAACCUCUUACCUAACACAUUUCAAAAUUUUUUAUUAAUUUUAAUUCCCUCUACCUUCAAUGGUUAUUUCUUGUUAUACCAAUGUCUCUUUAAUUUUGAAAUUCCUGGAUUCUGAGGAUGUUUUAUUCUAAAAAUCUAUUAUAAAGAUGAAGGGCUGUCUUUUCUUGUUAGCUGUACAAUGUGAUCUUCCCAAUUUGAAGUAUUUCUCAAGAGUGAGGCAGCAAUUUUGUGUAGCAUCGUUGUUUGAAAAAAAACCUAAACCCUUAAAUGCUCCUUUUUGAAAAUGAUGAAGGGCUGUGCAAAGCUGUACAAUAAUUUUAUUGAACAUUUUCACAGUUUUGUUCUAGUUGAUUUCAUACCUGGCAAACUUUGUUUUGUUAAUUUAAAAACAAAACGAACAAACAAACAAAAAAGUAUCCUUUUGUGAAAUGGUGUUUUUGUGUCAAAAUAGGUCAUUCAAUUUCUUGCAUGUUUUUUAUAAUUAUAAAAGAAAUUGGGACAGAUUCAUCUCUGGUGUAACUCCAUGACUCACUGACUUCAGCAAUUACACCAGCAAUGAGUUUCAUCCAGUAUAUUCAAAGUUGAAGAUCAUUUUUUAAAUCAGAUCUGUUUAUUUGCAAAAUUUCACUGAAGGACCAAGAGAAGCUCUAGAGGUGAAUAUCUUUCAAUCAUGUGUCUUGGGAUAAACUUAAUAUUAAGUGCUUGCACAAAGGCAGAAGAGCCAAAAAUUCCAGAGUUUGCAGUUAUAGCUUCUGCUAGCAAUAGCACAUAAAAAGAUAAAAAUUAUUAACCACUGAUAUAUUUCCCUUCCUUGCAUUGUUGAUCUUAGGAAUGCAUUGAAUUUUUAGUACAUUUUAUACAGAUAAUGGAAAAUGUCAAUGGAGCAAAACUUUGUCAAACAAGAAAGCAAAGGCAUUUGUUUUCAAGGCAGGAGAAAGUGAUUUCAUGACAUUGUUGGGUUGCCACUGACCUUAUAAUUCUGAUACCAAAUGAAUGACACACAUGCAGUCAUUUCAUCUGAUAGAUUUUUGGAGCAGUAGAGUCACAAUUGCGUACUGGUCCAUUAUGGUAUAAUGGAUUCCCAUGUGCUAGAAGAACAAAUUUGUGAACUUCAGUCAUCCAAAAAAGUACAGGUUUUUUUUUUUUUUUUUAAAGUAUACUGUGUUUUUAUGAACCAUCUGAUUUAUGAACAGAAGGGUUUAUUUUUAAAUAACUUUAAUCAGUAAAUAGUGGUCAGCCAUUCUACAAUGGGACUGGCAGGCACAAAUUUCGUUUGGUAUAAAAUAUGUACUAAUGAUUUUAAUAUAGUUGUUUCAAAUGACAGCAGCUCCAAAGAAGUGCAGAAGGCUUUGGUAUGGUAUGUUAGACAAAAGAUAAAGUGCAUCCUUGGAUUUAAAAAAGAGGAAACGGAGUUUAAAAGAAAUCUUAUUAGUUUUUAGAACACAUCAAAGGGGAUAAUAACCAAUCAUUCUUUCUGGGUUAGUACUAUUGUAGUUCAAAUAGAUCAAAUGCAGUGGACCAGGUUCUGAUCGCAAUUACACCAAAGUAAAUAUGAAGUAACUCCAUUUAAGUUAAUUUGCACUGGUUCAUUUGAGAUCAGAACCACUGUUUCCUUUGGCUUUAGCUCUGUAGAGCACCACCACUGCAUGGCAUGUUUUCAAAUGCCUAUAGGAAUUUGCCUGUAGUAGUUUCUCACAGAUCUCACAAACAGGAUCCAGAAGAUGCACUUUCUCUAACUCCCUUCUAACUGGCAUUGGUAACUCUGUCGUAUUACAAAGGCUUUUCUAAAGAGAUCAGCUUUAUUCUUAAAGAAUAUACACUGUAAUUGUUGUUUGCUGCAAACAUUUACUAGUGCCUUAUUCAUGCACAAGGUUUUAUUUAACUAUUUCUCUUGUGAAACCAUGCUAAGAUCUUGUGUUUAAUACUGAAGCAUAAAAACAGCUUGCUAAAAAAGACAAAAGACCUACAUAUUGUGAAUGUUUAGAAGUCAGUACCUAGUGGUAGAGUCACAAAAAGACAAAACUGUUGCCAAGAGCUGGGCCCAAAUCAAAACCUUGUAUAUGAACACACCUGAACUUCGGGGUGUUUUAAAUGCCACCCCAGCUUGGGAUCCAAAUUUCAUAAAUUGACCCAUCUUUAUUAUGAGAUGAUGCAAAUCCCAAAUCAAAAUAUACCUGAUUUUGGGGAUAUUCAAAAUCUGCAUUCCCCAAUAUCAGACUCCAAUCAGAAGCAACAAUACUGUGGCAGUUCUUUCAAGCUUGAGGGUGGGGUAAAUCCAGACACAUACAAAGGCUGAUACACAGCUACUUGCGUAUUUCUUUGCAGUCUUGUUGUAGCUCUGCUGGUCCCAGGAUAUUAGAGAAACAAAGGUGGAUGAAGACCAACUUCUGUUGGUGAAAGAGAUCAUUCAAGGUGAAGUGCGCAGUUAACACCUCUGCAAUCAUAGGACAAAGGAGGGGUAAUGGAUUGCAGAUUGUUUUAAUGAGCCAUAAAUCCAAUGUCUUUAUUGAGGGCAUGGCUACACUUGCAGAUGUAGAGCGCUUUAAGUUAAACCAGCCUUCGGAGUGCUCAGUAGGGAAAGCGCUGCAGUCUGUCCACACGGACAGCUACAAGCACACUGGUGUGGCCACAUUAGCAGCUCUUGCAACGGCCACAGAGAGCAGUGCAUUGUGGUACCUAUUCCAGCAUGCAAGUGACUGCAACGUGCUUUUCAAAUGGGGGUGCGGUGGGGUGGGGUGGGGUAAGACAGGGAGUGUGUUGUGUGUAUGUUGGGGGAGAGAGAGUGGCUUUUUGGGGGGCUGAGAGCAUGUCAGCUUGCUGUCUUCUAAGUUCAGACAGCAGCAGCAGACCCCCCUGCUCCCUCCCGCCUCUCUCUCUCACACACAGCGUUCCACACCAAUGGUUGCUUUGUCUCGGAGCAGAUAAGCAGCUGGCUGUCAUUCAAAAACAAUGAGAAGAGUGGCCACUUGAUUUAAGGGCAUUAUGGGACAUUUCUGGAGGCUGAUCAGAGCACAGUGAUGCAACAUCUCGUUCACACUGACACCCGGGCGUUUCAGCCAAGGCACAACAAGCGUUAAUCUUCUCACCGAGGUGGAGUAACGCUCUAGCCGUGGAGCCAGAGCGCUCUACGUGCCUUGCCAGUGUGGACAGGUAGUUAGCUAGGGUGCCCGGGGCUGCUUUAAUGCACUGUAACUCACAAGUGUAGCCAAGCCGUGAGACUCUCCUUGAAUGUGUUAACUCCAAAACAAUCUGUUCCACCUGGCAUUUAGAUGUGAUACUCUGAGUGCCUUUCCCAGACCUGUGGAAGAGCUCUGUGACACUCGGAAGCUUGUCUCUUCCUCCAACAGAAAUUGGUUCAGUAAAAGAUAUUACUUCAGCCACUUUGUCUCUCUAACAUCCUGCAUAGGAACUAAGUGAUCUGGCCUGUCACAGCCCUUUUCUGCCUCCACUACACACUUCUUUCCUACUCAGACUAAAUAGCAAAUGGGAUUAUAUGGGAGGUCGAUAGAGGGCGCAUAAACCUUAAAUAACCCAGUGGAGCAUGAGGAAGUUUUUAUGGCUACUCUUAGAGCCUGCUGGUAUACAAGUCCCCUGCUGCUGUAAUGGGUAUCUUUGCCUGUUCUCUGGCAAGAUCAGGCCCAAAGUUUGUCUGAAUUUUUUACAAUAAAUGCAUAUUUUUACCAUAUUAAGUUUAAAAAGCGUCAAAUUUGGGCCCUGUGUCAUCCAUGAUACAGGUCCCAAUCCUGUUCCCAUUGAAUUCCGUGUGUAUGACAGGCCCAAAGUAUGAGUCUGAGAAACGAGUUUGGAAAUCUUAGAAUCCUUCUUUUGAGAUUUACCCAUUUUCUGCAUUCCUAACGUAUACUUAACCUCUAUUAAUGUCAAUGGGAGUUUUACGUGCAUAAAAAUUGGAUUUUCUUGCCAUUUAGCCCUAACUGAAGAUGAAAUCCAGACUUAAGAUUUCUAACUUUUUUGUGACUGUAGUGCAUACUUCCCCAAAUGAGAGCUGCUUUUCUCAAUACAGUAAUAAGACAUCAGCUGGCUAUUCUAGUUCUUCAAACUGAAGUCCAUGAUAAAUGUCCUCCUCUUGAGCAAUGCUUAAUUUACUGUUAUCUACACUUGACUUCUAAUAACCCUGUGGACUUCAUAAUUAUUACAACUAUUUCAUUAUAGCCUAAGAUAUACUGAUAAAAUAUACAUAUAUUUUCAGAUGCUAAUUUUUGUCACUGUAUUUUGCUUCUUCCCUUCCUUCCUUUUUCCUGUAAUUUUGAUUUAUUUAAUCAUUAUUGCUCUGUUCAUUUGAAUUUAUGUAAAAGUUGAACAAAUUUUUGAUAUAAUUUAAAGUCAGAGCCUUGCCUCCUGAGUUGAGUGCACCAGUACCCUUAUUCAACUUUUAAUAUGUUUUGUGUUACAGUAGCGAAACUGAUAUUGUACAAUGGUUUCUGACAUUUGACUUUAUAUUUUAUGUUAAACAUUGCUGUGUAGUAUAUAAGAAUUUUACACUGUCAGAUCUAGUUGCUUUUGCAUCAUCACUUUGCACAUAUGCCUUAGAAGCUUGCCAGACUAGCAUGAGAAAACAACAUAUCUUUUCAAAAUAGAGUUAGACAAGGGUAGAAAAACCUCAUGUAGCAUUUGAUUAUGCUGCGUGGGUGUUCGGGCUUUUUCAAAUUAAUGGUAAUGUGCUAUUACUCUAUACAAUGAAACCUGUGCUAUGGGCCAAUUUCAGCAGAUGAACCCCUAUCUUAAAUGACCACAUUCAAUAUCCAAGAGGUUUCUAGAGAAAUUUUGUUCAAAGUUCAUUUAGGGCAUGAUCCAAAGCCAAUGAAAGUCAGUGAGAGUUUUUUCAUUGACUUAAAUGAUCUUUGGAUCAGGCCUAAAGGCAAUUUAUAGAAGGCAUCCAGUUGUCCCUUAAAGAGUUCCAUAAGGGAGGUGUCAGCCCACCCCUUAGCUCAGAUUUUUAUGUAAGAUGCAUUUCUACUGCAUGUACAUGGACUACAACUGCCUUAGAACGCUUGAGGUUACAUUUAGCCUAAGGUUCAAAAUAAAGGUAGGGGGGAAAACGUUAGUGCCAUUUAUUUCUCAAUGCCACCUUGAAUUUGGUUGUAAAUCAGUUUUGAUUCUGACUAAUCAAGUACAACUCCAUUAUACUAGAUGGAAAUUAGUUCUACUUAUGCCAACCAUUCAUUUUCAGAUUUGGCUCCUAUAUUUUAGUGAACUCAACAGUAUUGACAUUUUAAUCCUGUGAAAUAUGGCACCUGCUACUCUUCUUUGCUGAGAUCAGAAAUCAGGCUGAUAGCAGAUUAAUGAUUCAUGCCACAAUACAAAGGAAUAAUACUAACGUCCUGGGAUUAUAAAGUUGUGUAUUUUAGCACUAACGGCUAUUUCUAUAAGUUUUGUCCAUCUAUAUGAAAAAGUUUCAGAUUUCUAUGCCUUGAUAAUUAUUAUUAAUAGUUAAUUAGACAUCCAAGUGCUGUUGAAUAUAAAUGGAACUUUGGCCCAGAUCCUCAAAGGUAUUUAGGUGCCUAACUCCCAUAGAAAAUGACUUACAAUCUUAAGUCACUUACGUGCUUUUGAAAAUGUUAUCCCAAAAAUAUUAACGGCAAUUGGUAUUUAUUCUAAAAAUGAAAUAAUAUGAACCUCACUUUGCAGGUGGCAUUUUCUGAGGCAAUCCACAUUCAGAAUGUAAGAAGACUUCUCAGCUGACAGUAUGGGGCUUGUUUUCAAUGACUGACUAACAAAUAACUAAAAUAGUUUAAUGCAUAUUUCUAUGAUUGGUGAUCAGUUUUGUAAAUGGGAAAUAACCUGGCAUUUGCUUUUAAAUGCAACAGUACUCUGAGAUCUUUGGGGGAUUUUAAGAAAUGUGGCAGAAAAUCAGGGUGCCUAUGAAUAUUACAUCAAUUUCUUUCUGCAAGUGAGGAGGCUACUCCCCUCUCCUUGACACCCAAAUCUCUCUCACACCCCUCACUCUCCCUAGAGUCCUUCAGGGUUUUGGAGCUCACUUCCCAACUCCUGAGAAGUUCAGAGGGUUGAUUACAGUAAACAGGUCCUUACAGUUGUCUGCUCCUAAUGAACACUGCUAUCUGCCCAGCCCACUUUUAUUCUCUUGUCAGAGCUAAUAAUCUAUUGUCAGAAGAGCAGAGAAAGUACAUGACCUACCAUCCCCUGUCUACCUGCCAAGGCACCAGCCUGUGACAGAGAUCCAAAAUGGGGGCGAGGGGGAAGCAUGAAAAAAUUAUUAUUCAAGAAAUGUAAAAUCAUGUGGUAUUCCAUCCUUUGGUGUAAAUCUCUCUCUUCCUGGGACUCAGCUCUCAUGAUUCUUCAUUUCUGAGGUAAAUAAUUUUCUACAAUACAAGGAGACAUCAAAUAUGUGAAGUGUAGGUAAUUCUGGGACCAAACAAGGGAUAUUUGAGAGGUAUGGUGCCACCCAAUCCCAUAAUUCCUCUCCUUCUCUCCAGUUUGAAAUGGAGUGAUGGUGGUUCGAGUUCCCUCACUUUGAGAGGAACAGAACAAAGUGGGAGAUGCACGGAUCAUGUACUCCCCUCUUCUCCUUCCCUGUGGUGGCUCAAAGUGCUUCAAGGAGUGGUAGGAAUGGGCCAGUAGCUCUGCAGGGGGAGCAAAAGAACUCAGGCCCAAAUCCUCAAAGAUACUUGGGUGCCUAAAUCCCAUUGAUUUCAAUGGGUGCAUAAAUACCUUUGAGAAUGUGGGCCUCAGUGCUUAGGACUAGCUUUUUUGUAAUGAAACUCCUGAGCUCCUAGAAACCUCCUUUUUCUUACUCCUCUCCCUGGAUGGCUGUGUCCUUUCUCUUAGAGAAUGCCCCAGAUUCUUUGGGUUUAAGAAAUUCCCAGUGUAGAUGAGGUUUUUAUCUUUACCUACCACAAGAAGGAAACGACAGAGGGCCAGUCAGGGCCCCCAGAUCAUUUAACAUUAAUAUGUAUUUUAAAUCAAGACCACGAUUGUCUGUGUACUCAUUUGCAUCAUCAUUUAAAAAAAUGAGUUGGGGGAAAAAAAGACCAGCUAACGUUUACAGAUGAAUAAAAUGUUCAUUUGCAGAUAGAAACGGCAGCUACAAUAUUUUUCUGUCAAACUUUAGGGGAAAAUGCCUGGAUCUGAAGAAGGUUUCUGACCACGGGAGGAGUGAGAUUCUGGAACAGUCUUCCAAUAGGGGGCAAAAAACCUAACUAGUUUUCAGAGCAAGCUGGACAAAUUUAUGAGUGGGAUAGUAUGAUGGAUUGCAUAUGGUGUGAGGGUAGAGCUCAACGGUUCUGAGAGUCCCUUCUGGAUUAUGUCUUAAAUUCCUAAAGCUCAUGCUUCAAGGUUUCAGCUGGUCACUUGCAGGGGUCAGGAAGGGAUUCCCCUCCCCCCCCCACAAAAUGUGGUCAGGGGGUUCAUUAGGUCUUACUCUGAAGAAUCAGAGAUGGUUUCAACUGGAGAUGGGAUAUUUGACAGGGUAGGGCAGGGCUCUGAAGUGGCACAAAGCACUCUCUCUCUCAGGUACGUGGCUAGCUGGUUCUUGCUCAUUUGCUCAGGGUUUAACUGAUUGCCAUAUAUGAGGUCAGGAAGGAACUACCCUUCUUCCCCCCCUCCCCCCAUCCCCUCCCCCAAACCAGAUUGGCAGAGACCUUGGGAGUUUUUAGCCUUCCUCUUCAGCGUGUGGGUGCAGGUUACUUUCCAGGAUCAUCUGAUUAUAUCUCACCUCAUCAUCUCCCUGCCUUUGCAGAGGCCUCAGGCACUGGUGCACCUCAGUCCCUCUAUUCUCUCCCUGUGGCACAUAACAGUCUAAUCUCUGGUGGGCUGUAAUACUUUUGGUCUAAUUUUGGUUGUUGGGUGCUGGGUGCAGUUGGUGGCCUGUGAUGUACAGAAGGACAGACUAGAUGAUCUGGUGGGUCCCUUCUAGCCUUAAAUUUUAUGAACUGCUUCCUACUAAGUUCCUUGAGGUGCAGUAGGCUAUGAGUGAACUGCAAGCUACAAUAUGUUGUACAAAGAUGGUCCUGGUACUGAAAGUUUUAGGUCCAUGUAUGGAUAUCUAUAAUAUAGGAAUAACAUGAGAGAAAAAGGUGGAGAGGGCCAUAUAUGUUUCUAUGUGUAUUUUAUAUAGAUCUCACUGUCAAGUAUUGUUUAAAAAACAGCUCUUUCUCAUAGUCUUGAUGUUUUCAGAAGGCUACAGAUGUGAUCAAAGGUGAUCAAAGCCUGAGAACAGCAUGAAAGCAAUAUUUACAGCAUCAGGCAUACAGCAUGCAAACCAGCGAAAGCAGUCUUUGAGCUCACUUUCCAAGCAUGGGCAUCUUAGUUCCUUGGACUAAUAACAGCCCUUAGAUGCCCAGAUACCCAUUUUAUGUGCCCAAGUGCCUAUCUGAGAUCCCAAAUGUGGAAAUGGCACACACACACUCUCACAUUUUGGGAAAUAGGGAUACCCAUGUCAAUUGGCUAACACAUCGGAUACCAUCAGUCAGCAAUGACUUGCUCCAUGUUUGCCUUGUGAUUAAAUCAUCCUAUUAACGGGAAACAAAUAUUUCAUAUGUUAAGAGAAAAGUAUUGCUACAGGACAAGAUCUUUCACACCCCUUGAGGGGGUGGGGAAAGACUAGGGAUCCCACAGUGAGAGACUCGUAAUGAGAGCUAUGGCAGAGAACCAUUGGCCUUGGAGUGAGAAUGUGACAGACUAAAAAUUUGCACUGCCACAAAUUGAAGCCAUUUCUACCCCCCAGCACUCAAGAGCUCACAUAUUCAAGCCAAAGGGCAGUGAUUUCCCCUGUAAACUAAAUAUUGCAGGUCAUAUAUCUUUUAUUUUACUUUUUUUUUAAUGGCAAGAGAACAGCAACCAGUGCCUCAGGCACCUCCUGAGCAUUCUCACACAUCUUGCCUUCAAUAAACUUUUUUCUCUCUGUCCUUUUAAAAAAAGAAAAAAUAAUAAUAAAAAAGCUGCUUUGCCCACAUUGUUCCCUGUGCCUCCAAGCAAGGUCCCUCAUCCCCAUGGAGGUACAUCUAGCCUCUGGCAGGAUAAUUUCUGCUGGCUUCCUUUCAAGUGCCACAAUAGCUAUGCCACAAAGAUGCCAAAUACACAUGCGACCUUGGAAGACACAAAAAUUAACCAUCUUUAGGAACAACGGGAGUCAGGUCAAAGUAGGGCACAGUAGGUGAAGGAAGGGGAAGAGGAGCUGUAAAUGGUCUGGUCUAGAGGUCGGACCAAAUCAUUAUCCUGAAUCCAACCCCCCUGAACUACGGGGAGAGGUUUGAAAUCCAAACUGGGAUUAAGUGUCUCCUAGCUUUAUAAUGAACCAAGCCAAAAACCUUGCCUGCAAGCUCCUCCUGUGAUGUUGUCCAAGAUCCAAAUCUGAAAUUUGUGGCUUGAACCAUGGGCUCCCAAACACAAUUGGGAGAGACACAAUUAGGUGACCUCAAUUGCUAGCCUGUUGAUUUAAGACAUGACUGACAAGUGAACAUGUCAAUCCUGCUGAGCUAUUUGAGGUUACGUGACCUUGUCUCUGACCAUUUGGUUGCAUUUGUCAAUUUAAGGGUAUAAGCUUGGAUUCAUUUACAAGAUUGUCUAAAAACCUUGUAAGCCCAUAGCUCUAUUCAGUAUCUACCCUUACAAAACUGUUUUGCCUUUGCUGUAAAUCAGGAAAACAAAUUCAUUGUAAUUGUAUUUUAAACUGUAGGUGUAAAUUUUAACUUGUGUUACUUUAGCUUCACUUAUAGCCUCAAAAUAAUAGGCGUCCUCUGUGAACUUUACAGGGCAAUAAUGGUAUGUACUGUAUAAAUAAACGUACUACUUCAAGGACUAGUAUACCAUACAGUACAGUUGUCUAAACUUACUUUGAAAAUUGCAUGGCUAGCUUAUGCAGUAGCUAGAUAAGUGACAAGGUGGCAAUGUUAAUCUCUAAGGAGAAUACAGUAAAUAUGCUUAAAUAUUUUAUUUACUUAAUUGAAGCAUUCUGUAGUCUCCAAGCUCAAAUGUGAGAAGCAGGGGUAACUUCUCAUUGUCUUUCUUACUCCAAACUUAAUAUCCCUCACACACAUUUACAGACACGUAGCAUAUAGAUAGUGGCAUAGCUUAGGCCUGUUGUAUAGGUCAAUAUCUACAAUGCACACAUGAGAAUAUAAAAUUUGUCACUGCAAAAGAGAGUAGUUGCAAAGUCUAUUUUGGAUUACCAAUUUAUAUUUGAGGAAACUAAUGUGCGGUCAUUUCUAGAAACUGUGAACACAAGGCAAUUGCUGCAUGCUUGUAUAUUUAAUGAGUUUUAUUAUGAUACACUCUUAUACGAAUGCCUAUGCAGUGUAAAUGCUUUAAUAUGAGAAUACUGAAUUUUUUUUAGACUUUAUUUUCGAAGAAUGCUACAUUUUAUUGCAUGAUUUAACCAUUGUUAUUUUUUGUGUUUGUAUAAAGUGCAACCAAGAAAACAUAUGAUUUUAAUAGCUUACUAUAUAAUAACUGCUUAGAUCCAUUAUAGAACAUGUUCUUAUGUAAACAUUUUUAAACUUGGCAAGAAAUGUGCUUCCUUCAAACAAUGGGCUUGGUUCACAGCAAUACCUGCUUAGUUAGUGUUUGUAUUUGUAACAUCAUUGAAUCUGUCAAUGGGGCUAACCACCUUGCAGAAAACCAAUCUGUCAGUAAGUACUGGUUUUGCUAAAAAAAACCCAACAACCUCAUAAUGAAGUUACUAGCUGUAGAAAUAGACAAGGCCUGUCCUAACUCAAUUUAAAUAAUAAUGCUCUAAUUUACGUUGUUCUGUUGAGAGGCCAAAACUGAGGAGUGUUAUGUUUGGUUCAGCCAGCUGACGGGCAGUGUAGCAUUUUUUUUUAAAUAUUUUUUUUCAUAAGCUUAAUGCAAUGAGUUGGUGUUAUCUGAUUGUGAACUUGGCCCAUUGUUUACAGCAUUACUGAACGUAACCAAAGUUCAGCAUACCUGAUUGACUUGAGCUGACAUGCUGACUUGAAAGAAGAGAGAAUAUUUCUGGUACAGCCGUACAUUUGGAACCUGAGUAUAUCACUGGCUAAGUGAGCGAGUUGGUCAUGGUAUUGCUAUCAGUGUUUGAAGGUGCGUAAUAUAUUUAUACUGCUGCAAACUAAGUUACCAAUUAGAACACUCAAUCAAAUAAAAAAUAAUGCAUUGCUUUAAAGGUAUGUAAAUAUUGAUUUUAAUGCUGGGGUAUCAUAGCCAUCAGUUUUUCACUGCUUUGAUAACCAAGGAUUCCUAAUAUUACAUGGAAUGUAUUUCAUCUGGGGUCUUUUUUAGAAUCAAAUGUUUUCAUUCAAAGCAAAAUAUCUACUGUUUCUUUGUAUUUCACUGAAAUAAACGAAUCCCGUUUCAAUAUA